UGACAAACAAAAUGGCAGAAACGGAAAUGUUGUAAUGAAAACAACACACCAGCUACACACCUAGCCUAAAGAUUGUAAUGAGUGUGUAUCAAUUCCAGACACAAAUGUAAACAUUUGAAGUAGAUGUCAAUCAUGGAUGAGAAGAUAUCGCUAAAGACAGCUGUGUUACGACUGCCCCCCUGUAAAGUGUGUGAAGGGAAGGCAUCAGGGAUCCAUUAUGGCAUCAACACUUGUGAGGCAUGCAAGGGCUUUUUCCGGAGAUAUCUUUCCCGGAAGGAACCAUAUAAAUGUGCCAAAGAAGGAAAAUGUGUUAUUACAGACAGCCCACGUGGGAACUGUUCAGCUUGUCGCAUGGAGAAGUGUUUACAGCUAGGCAUGUCCAAGGAAGCUGUUCGUCAGGGUCGUUACACAUUGACUGAACGGACAAAGGCCAUCAUUGAAGUCCAGAAACUCCAACAGAAGGUGGAGGACUGUCCUAUUCCCCAAGAAACACCAAAAGACAAUAGCCGAACUCCAUCAGAGCAUAGCCCAGACUCUGGCAUCAUGUCACAAACUAGUCCUGCUGAUUCGGACAAUUUGGAGAAUUCUGUGAUAUCUGAUACUCCAGUUGAUUCACCGUUUACAGUUCAUAUCCGUGAAGAUCGUGACAUGAUGGAGUUUUCUUCCAACUCCCAAUCAGAGUUGACGAAAGAAUGUGGAAGUUCACAGGCAGGUACAGACUAUGAAAACAUAAAAUCUAUUCUGGAUGAAUUAAUUCCUAGGCUUACAAAAUGUGCUGAGGAUUUAUCACCGGUGUCGUCUAAAUUAACUGAUGAGGAAAUUCACUCCUUACAUAUGACUGCUUUGAAUAAGUUCCGUAUGAAGCAAGAAAUGUUUGGCCCUAUGGAGCCAGUCUCUAUAGAAGAGUACAAUCAUCUCUAUGAAGCUACAGGUCUCGAUGUAGACGGAAGGCAAAGUCGUCUUCAAAGAUGUCGCAGUUUCUUUGAGGGAACAAUAAAACAUUAUGUCCAGUUCUCACGGGUCAUUCCAGAAUUCCCAGACCUACCAGUGCCUGAUCAGUCAUCACUUCUCAAAGCUGCACGGUUUGAGUUUUUCAUGUUACUGGAGUACCGGGCGGUUGAUCCUGAUCUCCAAAUGGUACUGACAAUUGGUGGAGAUGUUUACCACAUCAACGAAGCCAGCAUUUACUUCCCCAAGGAAAUCAUGCUGUCCUGGUUUGAAUUCUCACGUGUUAUUCGGCGCCUCAAUCUCAGUGAUAAAGAAAGAGCGCUGGUACUUGCUAUUUCUCUGGUUUUUAGAGAUCGUUGUAAAUUAGAAGAUCCAGAAAGAGUGGAAAGAAUACAGCUGACCCUGAUAUCAUAUCUACGCUACGUGCUGAAGGAGCGAUACGGCCGACAAGAAGUACAUAUGUUUUCCAAAGUUAUGAACAUGUUUUUGUCAUUCCGGGUACUAACUGAGAGUUACAUGAAACAGUACCAAGAACUUUGUAAGGAUAAAUUCCUUCCUAAGCAGUUUCCAGAAAUGCUAGAAUUCUUGUUUGAGGAUGAUAUGUCAAUCAUGGAUGAGAAGAUAUCAUUUAAGACAGCCGUGUUACAACUUCCCCCCUGUAGAGUGUGUGAAGGGAAGGCAUCAGGGAUCCAUUAUGGCAUCAACACUUGUGAGCCAUGCAAGGGCUUUUUCCGGAGAUAUCUUACCCGGAAGAAACCAUAUAAAUGUGACAAGAAAGGGAAAUGUAUCAUUACAGACAAGCCACGUGGGAACUGUUCAGCUUGUCGCAUGGAGAAGUGUAUAAAGCUAGGCAUGUCCAAGGAAGCCGUUCGUCAGGGCCGUUACACAUUGACUCAGCGGACAAACACAAUCAUUGAAGUACAGAAGAUUCAACAAAAAGUGGAGGACAGCCCAGUACCCAAAGAAUCACCAAAGGACAACAACCCAAGUCCACAGGAGCAAAGUCCAGACUCUGGCAUCAUGUCACAAGCUAGUCCCUAUGAUUUAGACAGUAUGGAACCUUCUGUACUAUCGGAUACAAUUAUCACAAUAGAUAUCCUAGAAGAUCUUGACUUGGAGGAGUUUUCUUCCAACUCUCAGUCAGAAGUAACCAAAGACAGUGGUUGUUCACAGACUGGUACAGACAGUGAAAACAUUAAAUCUGUUCUGGAUGAAUUAAUUCCCAGGCUUACAAAAUGUGCUGAGGAAUUAUCGCCUGUUUUGUCUAAAUUAACCGACGAGGAAAUUCACUCCUUACAUAUGACUGGUUUGAAUAAGUUCCGUAUGAAACAAGAAAUGUUUGGUCGUAUGGAACCAGUCUCCACAGAAGAGUACAAUAAUCUCUAUGAAGCUACAGGUCUCGAUGUAGAUGGAAGACAAAUUCGUAUUCAGAAACGUCGCAACAACUUUGAGAGAAUAAUAAAGCAUUAUGUCCAGUUCUCACGGGCCAUUCCAGAAUUCCAUGACCUACCUGUAGCUGAUCGGUCAUCGCUUCUCAAAGCUGCACGGUUUGAGUUUUUCAUGUUACUGAAUUACCGGGCGAUUGAUCCUGAUCUCCAAAUGGUAAUCACAAUUGGUGGAGAUGUUUAUCACGUCAACGAAGCCAUCGUUUACUUCCCCAAGGAAGUCAAGCUGUCCUGGCUUGAGUUCUCACGUGUUAUUCGGCGCCUCGAUCUCAGUGAUAAAGAAAGAUCAUUGGUACUCGCUAUCUCUCUGGUUUUUAGAGAUCGUUGUAAAUUAGAAGAUCCAGAAAGAGUGGAAAGAAUACAGAUGACCCUGAUUUCGUAUCUACGCUACGUGCUGAAGGAGCGAUACGGCCAGCAAGAAGUACAUAUGUUUUCCAAAGUUAUGAACAUGUUUUCAUCGUUCCGGAUACUAACCGAGAAUUUCAUGAAACAGUUCAAUGAACUUUGUAAGGAUAAAUUCCUACCUAAGAAAUUUCCAGAAAUGCUAGAAUUUUUGUUUGAGGAUUAUUAGAUAUAUAACAUCUGCCCUGUUAUCAGUGCCAUAACACGUGCCAUAACACGUGCCAUAACACCCAUUACAUCGUUGUCUGACACAUAAUAUGGUAUCACAUUCAACUCUCCCUUCAUGUGUUGGUUUGUAUUUCUCGGGAAGCUGGGGAACGGGCCGGUCUGUCCUGACAUGGUUGUGUCCCUGGGAAAGACACGUUACCAUGGUGCUUCUUGAUGGUAUGUGACGGGCCUCCCGUAUGGUUUUUUUCAGUGAGGAAGUCACAAACUACUAUACGGAGACCGCACCCCAAAAGGAUCCUAGCUGUUCACGGGGUAAUCAACCUAGCAAACAUGAAACAAACAAUAUAUGGUAUAACAUCAAAAAUAAGUACACAAUGUGUUGUCUUAUUAUAUGUCAUAAAAAAUGGUGUAUAUAGAAAGACAAUCGUUUGAUGCAAAAUCAGGGAGCAAUUAAAAAAUGACUUCCCUUUAUCGUUUGAUAUGUACUGUAUUUAUUUGCUUUAAUACUUUCGAAGAUUUAUCUAUAUAUAGACUGUAUAUAAGAAAGUGUUUUUAAAGUUUCGGAUAUGGAUCUCAGUAGAUAUUAAAUAUCUGGCUGUAUG